UUUUCACCAUUUUAGUUAUAUCAGAAAAGCUGAAUUUUUUAAUUUAACAGGUAACACGACUUUCAGGUUAUUAUUUCGUUCAUAAAUGUCCGUAAGAAAUGUCAAGUAAUGAGGAAAAGAUAAACGAGAUGUUGGACCGAGUCCGACAGCAGGGCAACCCUAGAAGUAUGAAUAGCCACAGGAGAGACAUUUCUAACCGCCCCAUUUUAACACUUGGUCAGAACAACAGACCCAAUAACUUAAAUUUCACACCAAAGCAGAAUGAAAAUGCAGAGACUGAGAGAAGACUUAAAGAAAUUAUGAAAAUUAGUGGUAAAAUUAAAAUUGAAGGUACUGAGUAUAUGACCGAUGUUAAAGAGAUGCAAGACAUUGAAGAACUUGGAAAUGGCACAUGUGGCCAUGUAGUUAAAAUGAGACAUUUGCCUAGUGGGAAAAUUAUUGCUGUUAAACAAAUGAGACGUUCUGGUAAUAAGGAGGAGACCAAGAGAAUUAUAAUGGAUAUAGAAGUAGUAUUGAAAUCCCAUGACUGUAAAUAUAUUGUGCAAUGUUUGGGAUGUUUUAUCACUGAUUCAGAAGUGUGGAUAUGUAUGGAACUUAUGGACACUUGUUUUGACAAAUUAUUAAAAAAGUUGAAACAAGCUGUACCUGAAGAAGUCAUAGGAAAAAUUACUGUUGCUGUGGUUGAAGCUUUGUCUUACUUAAAAGAUACACAUGGUGUUAUACAUAGAGACGUGAAACCAUCAAAUAUCCUAUUAGACAUGAAAGGAAAUGUUAAACUGUGUGAUUUUGGUAUAAGUGGUCGUCUUGUUGAUUCGAUGGCUAAAACCAGAAGUGCUGGCUGUGCUGGAUAUAUGGCACCAGAAAGAAUAGAACCUGAUCCAAACAAUCCAGAUUAUGAUGUGAGGGCAGAUGUAUGGUCAUUAGGGAUAACUUUAGUAGAAUUAGCCACUGGUGAUUUUCCAUAUAAAGACUGCAAGACUGAUUUUGAAGUGCUCAGCAAAGUCAUAAGAGAAGAUCCUCCCUUCUUGCCUGAUGACAAAGAUUUUAGUCCUGAUUUUAGGGAUUUUGUUAAGUGCUGUUUGGAGAAGAAGAAAGAGCUUAGGCCAAAGUAUGUUUUAUUGAAGGACCACCCCUUUAUGAAAAAAUCAUUGGCAUCUCAAGUGAAUGUGGGUGAGUGGUAUGCUAGAGCAUCACAACGUGCAAACGCAGAUGCUACAGGCAACGGAGCAGCCCCUAGACCCAAUUUAACAAGCAAUCCAAUUCGCCAAUUCUUCUCGUCACACCAUAAACAGCAACCAAAGCAGCCACCACCGCUGCCCCAUACUCAACAAUCCAAAGUCGUCUCGCCACCCCCAACUCAACAACACAAAAUCAAUUCGCCACCUCACCUCUCAAACGGCACAACAACCCUAAAAACUGAAGAGUCUCGACCGCCUGUUGCUGGUCACAACUCUCGACUAUCUUUGUUCCAACAGCAAAGGGCAGCGUCCGAUUACAACCAGCCGACGCAGAAAACAUUCUCGCCCUAUCAAGCAUAUCAAAAUCACGUAGCUGCGCAAUUGAGAGACAGGCACGAAUCACACAUACCAAUACCCCAACGGAUUGUUAAUUCUGAUAAGUCUUUUGUGACAGCGAACAACAUACCAGUUACGGAGAGCAACAAGUUUCAGUCACCAAUCUUGGGCCGCAGACCGCUGUACAGCAGUGGCGACUCACAGACUAACUCCCCCUAUUUGCAGCGACGGGGAUUUAGUGAGACGCGAUGUCGUUCACCAAGCGCCUCACCAGUUUUGCCUUUGAGAUCCGCCCACAAUGUGGAUUCAAAUCCUCAAUAUAAUCCUGGCAACACUAGUCCCAUCAUUUUGCAAAGGUUCUACCAUCAACAAAAGCAACAGCAAAUGGCGAAAGAGGCAGAGGAAUCCGGUAAAAAACGUUUUGCUUCAUACAUCAAGUUGCAACUAAGUGGUGAUAGGAGUGGUAGAUCAUCGCGGCAUCAGAGCCCUGAACCACCGCCCAGACUGAACAGAAAUAUUAGCGGUGACAGUCAAAGCCCUCUGGCAUUACGUAGGAACCUGUUAGAAGCCCAUACACCAAAUUCACCUAGUCUACCUAGAAGGUAUGUGUCACCAACUCCACCAGUUCCCCCUCCCCGAAGACUGUCCGAGAGCAAUUCAGUACCUGGUUCACCUCAGCAUCUGAGGGCUAGGUUCCAUUAUACGCCGGAACCGCAGAGACGACUUUUUCAAAACAACGAUGUGUCAUAACAUUGGUAUAACAGACCUAGUCUAAGUACUUAGCGAAAAUGUUGCGAUUCGGUAUUUGUCCAUUCGCUCAAAAUAAGCGUUCGUGCGGUUAUCCGAGUUGAUUCCGACAAACGGCUUGCCGCUUCAUAAGCAACAACGCAACGUCACAAAUCUAUCAAUGUUUACGCACAAACUACAUCCUCUUAUUUUGCUCCAGCACCUUUUUUAGACUUUUAUCAAUUAGAAGUUUCGAAUUCAAAACAACACUUGUUCAUAAACGUAAUUGAAAACUAAUGUGCUAUAAUAGAAUGGUAAUACAGAGUAAAUAAAUUAAUUAAUAUUGUAAUUAGUAUUUAAUGUUGAAAGUUGAAGCGACAGGCCGUUAAGUAUCAAAUUAAAAACAUCAACACUUGGGAGAAAAUUUCGAUGGGACAUUUAAAACGAUACCAAUUUAAAAUUGUAUGUAAGAUAAAUUUUUAAUUUGUUUUCAUGUGAAAUUUUUCUACAUGUAAAGGAAAAUUCAUGUAUGGUGCUUUUAGUCCCACCUAAGCUUUCAGUUAAGACAACGUGUUGUAUAUUUGAAAAUUGUAAAUUUUAUAAUUGUCAUAUUUUAUUUACAAAAUUUACACUGCCUUUACUGGAUAUAAAUGUGUCUUGGUAAAAACGUAAGUAAAUCAACAUUCAAACAUUGACAAAUAGAGUAAUUCGUUAUAAUUUUUGUUUGAAAUUUGAUUUGUUACGGGUUGAAUUUUAUUUAUUUCCUUGUAUUCUGCGUCAAGCGAAUUUUAGUCACCAUUAUUGCUAGUCUUGAAUCAAUCAGGAUUUUGGUUGCUGGUCCUGUGUAUUAUUAUUUUAUAGGUAAUUUAUAUGAUUUUAAAAUGGUACAUAGUCACUUUUUAACAGAGAAUAUUGAUAAGUGAAUUUGUAGUUAGAUUUAAUUUCAGUAACAUCAAUAUAAUACCUAAUAAAUUGAUCUAUAAUUCAUAUAUUGCUGUUCCUUGUUACAUUGUAGGCUAUGUACUUUAUUUAUUAAGUUACAAAAAGUGUUAUUGACUGAUAUUUAUUACAUGAAAAAAUAACUGUUUUGUUCCUUGACAAUUUUCGUUCUCUCACAUUUUUAAUUAAUAUUAGAUUUUUUGAGAGGUUAAUAUUCAUAUUAUUUAUGAGUUAUUUUUUCUGCUAUGUUAAUAUUAGUAUUUAAUCUGGUUUAACAUUAGUUUUGAAAAAAUACUAAAAUUUUGUGCUGUAACUAUUUUGUUACUGAAGGCUGUUGAAUCAUUUUAUAAAUCAAUUGCAUAAGUUAUAUAUAUUUAUUAUUCCUGAUUGUUUUAAAAUAUAGAUGCCAUACCUGAGAUAUUAUGUAUAAUUUGAUUGAUAUAUUGAUGUAAAUAUACCUGAUUAUAAUAAUUAAAUAUAUUUUAAGGCAACAA